CACCUGCUAACACUGGAUGAAGCAGAUGCCACUUGGGCCCUCAUCAAGGAUAGGUAGGUAAAGCAAGGAGGUUAAGGAGGAAAUGGCAAAGUUGCAGUACCUUUCCUGUCGGAUGCAGCCUACUAUGAUCUACUGGGCGUGCUAGUGAAACAGUCCCGUCGAGCCCACACCCGCCUAACUUUGCCAGGGCAGGCGCGAAGGGCACUGAAAUCAGUAGGGCUGCUACCAAAUCUUCUAGAACAGGCAGGGUCUGAGGGUGUCUUUGCCCACUGCACUCGGGAAUACUCACCAAAUGGCCGAGCCGAGAUAGCCUAUGAAGAAAUGCGAAUGUUGGAUGGGCAGCCCUGGAUCCGCCUACAUAUGGGUCUGCGCAAGAAGGUUGCUUUCCUGCUGCCACCAGGGCAGGUGAGCCUACAGCAGAAUCUUCCCUGGAUCCGAAGCACCCACAGCAUCUACGUCAUCUACCAGGUCUUCUCCUGCACCUGGCUGCAGCUAGGGCUGUUACCUACAAGCCCGAAGCCCCAGCUGCUCCGUUACAGCGGUCACUACCUAAUUGCUUUCUCCUGCCUCAAGUUUUCACUGCAGCCCAAGGGUGUGCUGGGACCACAGAAGUCUCUGACCAAAGAUCCCUUGCCCCAAGGAGCCACCUGGGUUAGACCUAGCCUUAGCAUCUUAUCAACUCUGGCCCCCACAUCAGUACCUGCUGAUACCCUUGAAGUUGCUGAUGCAUCUCCACCUGUCAGCCCACCUACACCACCUCCCCAAGAAGGGCAGAAGCAGACCACCAGAUUCUCCUAUAAGGUCGAAACCCCUUCCGAGGGCCCCUAUAUGCUUUCAGGAGGCCAGGUGGGGCCCGGGACCCCGACCGCACUCCAUGUCCCUGCCCCUGCUGCAGGUCUGUCCUCAGAGUUCGACAGCGACGAAUGA